AUGCUGCUUGGCCUUGUUCAUGGAAACCAAGAGCUAGGUAUCCGCGGCGGAAAUGCCAAGGAAGAAUCUGUUGCUGAACAAAAUGCAUUGGAGACUGGUUUGAUGGACCGUGAUGGCGACGUUCUACACAGAGAACAAAGAGAGUUGAACCGUAGACGCCGAAUGAUGAUGCGACAGAACGGGGGUGAUAGCGGCGAUGACCAUCGCCAGAUGCGUAUGCGCCGCCGAAUGAUGCGAGGGCGCGGCAAAGGCGGCAAAGGAGGCAAAGGCAAAGGAGGCAGGAGUAAAGGCCGAAUGCGAGGAAAGCGAGGCAAGGGAGGACGUAGCAAGUCCCGACGAUCAUCCCGAUCAUUCACCGACUUCCCUACUUUCGUUCCCUUCACUCGAUUCCCUACCUUCGUCCCUGAAGAUACAACCGAGCCCACUCCAACCAGCGGCACCACAGCACCAACCCCAACCAGCGGCACCACAGCGCCAACCACAUCCGGUGGCACCACCACGACUGCACCGACAAUCACUGGCGCCACCAAUGCACCGACGAUUACUGGUGCCACUCAAGCUCCGACAUCGGGUACAGCCACGACCGCCCCGACAGCAGCUACGGCCACGACCGCCCCGACAGUUACGGGAGCAUAG